GUGAGCCCUCUCUCCGGCAUAUUUAAAAGGCGGCGUGGACCCAGUGACUUAACCUGGCGGAAGCUUCAUCACUCAAAUGUCCCGUAGCCGUGAGUUCUUAGGUCAAGGGCAAAAGCUGCCUGGCAGCAGGCUUGAUGCAGCACCAAGUGGCCAUCGUCACCGGCGGGGGUACGGGCAUCGGAAAGGCCAUCGCGACCGAGCUCCUGCAUCUAGGCAUAGUGGAGCUGCGAGAGAAGGUGUUUACAACCUCACCAAAUCCUUAGCUGUGGAACGGGCCAGCAGUGGAAUAAGGAUCGACUGUGUUGCCCCUGCUGGAGUAACUGUACUGAAGAGAAAAAAAGAAAAUUGCAUUCUUGAAAAUUCAGGGACUGCAGUGGGAUACUGAAGUCCCUCUGGCAGACAGCUCCUGUGCUCUGAGUUUCUGUGCAUUGGACCUGACGGAACCAUGGAUUGGCUCUUCUUUGUGCAGCCCUUUCUGUCCAUUCCAUAUGGCACACACGACCAUGCUUGGACCAGUGCAUCAGCAGCUGCCACUGCUGAGUGUAGUUGGCAUAUGUUUUUCCUUGCCAGCAUCCAUUCCCUUUUUUGGUUGCUCCAUCUGAUUUUCCUUAGGAAACUCUCCCACUCUUAGUACAAUUGGCUUACUUUUUCUGUCUCCCCCAUUCCUCUUCACUUGAGCACUGCAGGAGUGUACAUGAGACUCAGGAGGUGUAUUUUUCCCUUUGAAAAUUCAGGCCAAUUAAAGUUGGGCCCAGGCCUGCUGAUCAACUGGGAAGGAGCUAUUCUCUUUCUGCUGAGAUUAUCAGCAGGAAAGAUGGUGAAAUCCAGGGCUACCAGGGGCCUGUGAGUGUCACCAACUCAGACCCAGAGAAGAAAAGAGAGUGUCUUAGUCUGUUUGGGCUACUGUAACAGACAUUCUAUAGACUGGGUGGCUUUUAAACAACAGAAAUUUAUUUCUCACAGUUCUAGAGGCUGGGAAGGCCAAGAUCAAGGCACCAGUAGAUUCAAUGUCUGGUGAGGGCCUGCUUCCUGGUUCAUACACAGCUAUCUUCUCACUGUGUCCUCACAUGGAAGAAGGGGUGAGGGAGCUCUCUGGGGCCUCUUUUAUAAGGGCACUAAUCAUAUUCAUGAGGGCUCCAUCCUCAUGACCUAAUCAUUUCCCAAAGGCCUCACCUUCAAAUUCCAUCACAUUGGGGAUUAGGUUUCAACAUAUGAAUCUGGGAGAGACACAAACAUUCCAUCUCUAGCAGAGACCAACCCUUAUUGAGUGCCUGGGUCCAUUUAUGUUUAAAGCUAGCAUCACUUCCUGAAUUUUCCAGAUACUUGAGCCAGUAAAUUUCCUUUUAUACUUAAACUAGUCUGAGUGAUGUUUUUAUCACUCACAAUAAGUUGCUGAUCAAUACCCGGAGGAUUAUCACAGAGGUCACAAAGAUCUAGACAAAAAAGUAUUAUACAGAGUUGACACACAGUAGGGUUAGAUUCCCUUCAUGUUGGGACGAUAAGAAUCCAGUUUUCAGGGACUUCCCUGGUGGUCCAGUGGUAAAGAAUCUGCCUUACCAUGUAGGGGAUGUGGGUUCCAUCCCUGGUCAGGGAACUGGGAUCCCACAUGCUGCGAUGGGUAACUAAGCCUGCAAGCCACAACUACUGAGCUUGCGCGCCUCAACUAGAGAGCCCACAUGCUGCAAACUACAGAGCCCACGCACCCUGGAGCCUGCACGCCACAACUACGGAGCCAUGUGUUCCGAAGUCUGCGUGCCACAACUAGAGAGAAGCCCACGCGCCGCAGCGAAAGAUCCUGAAAGAUCCUGCAUGCCUCAACGAAGAUCCCACGUGCCGCAACUAAGACCUGAUG